CUACCCGCGUCUCGGACGGGCGGCGCUGGCACGCCAGGGUUGCAGCUGGUGACAUGUAGACGCCCACGGGUCCAGCCUCAGAACCUCGGCGCGCUCCUGCCCGGAAAGUUUGAGGCUGGGCGCCAUGGCCAAGAGCAGCUCUCUGAAUGUCCGCGUGGUGGAGGGCCGCUCGCUGCCUGCCAAGGACGUGUCUGGGAGCAGUGACCCCUACUGCAUAGUGAAGGUGGAUGACGAGGUGGUGGCCAGGACAGCGACUGUCUGGCGGAGCCUGAGCCCCUUCUGGGGCGAGGAGUACACGUUGCACCUGCCCCUGGACUUCCACCACGUGGCCUUCUACGUGCUGGACGAGGACACUGUCGGGCACGAUGACGUGAUUGGCAAGAUCUCGCUGAGCAGGGAGGCGAUCACCGCAGACCCGCGAGGGAUCGACAGCUGGAUCAGCCUGAGCCGUGUGGACCCGGAUGCCGAGGUGCAGGGUGAGAUCCGGCUGGCGGUGCAGGUGCUGGAGGAUGUGAGGGGCCGUUGUCUCCGUUGCCAUGUGCUCCAGGCCAGGGACCUGGCCCCCCGUGACAUCUCUGGGACGUCUGAUCCUUUCGCACGUGUGUUUUGGGGCAGCCAGAGCUUGGAGACCUCGACAAUCAAGAAGACCCGCUUCCCACACUGGGACGAGGUGCUGGAGUUCCGGGAGCUGCCAGGAGCUCCGUCCCCUUUGCGGGUGGAGCUCUGGGACUGGGACAUGGUGGGCAAGAAUGACUUCUUGGGCAUGGUGGAGUUCUCCUCACAGGUCCUGCAGCAGAAGCCCCCCAACGGCUGGUUCCGCCUCCUGCCCUUCCCCAGAGCUGAGGAGGAUGCUGGGGGGAGCCUGGGAGCUCUGAGGCUGAAGGUGCGCCUCACGGAGGACCGAGUCCUGCCCUCCCCAUACUACAAGCCGCUCACAGAGCUUCUCAUGGAGUCUGCACUGGGGCCGGCAGAGGAGGAUGUCGCUAGCCCCCUGGCUGUGCUGGAGGAGCUGACUUUGGGGGACUGCCGCCAAGACCUUGCCACCAAGCUGGUGAAGCUCUUUCUUGGCUGGGGCCUGGCUGGGCCCUUCCUGGACUACCUCACCCGGCGUGAGGUGGCUCGGACUACCGAUCCCAACACUCUCUUCCGUUCUAACUCGCUGGCAUCCAAGUCGAUGGAACAGUUCAUGAAGCUCGUGGGCAUGCCCUACCUGCAUGAGGUCCUGAAGCCAGUGGUCAACCGUGUCUUUGAGGAGAAGAAGUACAUGGAGCUUGACCCAUGCAAGAUGGAAUUGGGCCGCACCCGGAGAAUCUCCUUCAAGGGCACGCCCUCGGAAGAGCAGGUGCGGGAGACCAGCCUGGGGCUGCUGACCGGCUACCUGGGACCCAUCGUGGACGGCAUUGUAGGCUCCGUGGAGCACUGCCCGCACGUCAUGCGCCUGGCCUUCAAGCAGCUGCGCCAGCGCGUGGAAGAACGCUUUUCCCAGGCAGAGCACGAGGACGUGAAGUACCUGGCCAUUAGCGGCUUCCUCUUCCUGAGAUUCUUUGCACCUGCCAUCCUCACCCCGAAGCUCUUUGAUCUCCGGGACCAGCACGCGGACCCCCAGACCGGCCGCUCACUGCUGCUGCUCGCCAAGGCUGUGCAGAGCAUUGGUAACCUGGGACAGCAGCUGGGUCAAGGCAAGGAGCUGUGGAUGGCCCCCCUACACCCCUUCCUGCUGCAGAGUAUCUCCCGUGUGAGAGACUUCCUGGACCGGCUGGUGGACGUGGAAGGGGAGGAAGCUGGGGGCCCAGCCAGAGCCCUGGUCCCGCCCUCGGUGAUCGUUCGAGAAGGCUACCUGCUGAAACGCAAGGAGGACCCUGCCAGCCUGGCCACACGCUUCGCCUUUAAGAAGCGUUACUUCUGGCUCAGCGGGGAGACGCUGUCCUACUCCAAGAGUCCUGAGUGCCAGAUGCGCACGUCCGUCCCGGUGCCACACAUCCGCGCCGUGGAGCGUGUGGACGAGGGCGCCUUCCAGUUGCCCCACGUCAUGCAGGUGGUGACGCAGGAUGGCGUGGGGGCGCUGCACACCGUCUACCUCCAGUGUAAGCAUGUGAACGAGCUAAACCAGUGGCUGUCGGCCCUGCGCAAGGCCAGCGCUCCCAACCCGGACAAGCUGGCAUCCUGCCACCCUGGUGCCUUCCGCGGUGCACGCUGGACCUGCUGCCUCCAGGCCAAACGCUCAGCUGUGGGCUGCAGCCGCACACACUCAGCUGUCACCCUGGGGGACUGGAGUGACCCUCUGGAUCCUGACGCGGAGACCCAGACGGUGUAUCGGCAGCUGCUGCUGGGGCGGGACCAGCUCAGGAUGAAAUUCCUGGAGGAUUCCAACACGGGAACAAAUCUGGAAGCAGACACAGAAAAGAGCCUCAGGGGGGAGUGUCCUAAUGCCCUGGCCCGACAGAGAACAAUGGCUGCCCGUUUGCUGGAUGUGCUCCAAGACUUGGAUCGAGCCCACGAGGAGUUCCAGCAGCAGGAGCGGGACCGUGCUGCCUCCAGCCCCCUUGGACCCUGA